CUUCUUCCGCUUUGUCGGCUUCUUCUGCUUUGUCAGGUUCAUCAGCUUCUCAGGCUUCUCAGACUUCUUUGGCUUCUUUCACUUUGUUGGUUUCUUUGGCUUCUUCCACUUCCUUAGCUCCUUCUGUCAUUUCUGCUUCCGCUCUUCUUUCUGUUUUACCUCUUUAUUUAGUUCGACCCACCGGUGUUCCUGAAGAUUGUCUUCCAAGUUGGCUUCCACUUUUCACCAUUUCAACUGAUCUUGAACCAUUUUUGAUUAGUUUCUGCUCUGCAUAUACAUGUUACUUUUGCAUUUUACUUUCUUUUGAGGCAGCAAGCACGAGCCCAUGCUACGGUGUGGCACAUUCUACUUCUUCUGCACCGGGGAUAUAUCCAACAAAUCCAUGGCCACUAAUUUCCAUAUUCAAACAUUUUCAGGUAAACCCUCUUAGAAAGUUAUUGUUACUCCAAUCUUCAACAAUUUCUUAG